UGUGCAUUCGAAGAAAUUAGACUGUGAAAUUAACUUUUAAUUUUUCUCAAGACUUUCUUGUAAAAUAAAUAUAUACGAAAAUGGCGUACUUUGGCAAAACCUAUGUUGAAGAAAAAUCGGAAAAUUAUGAAGCAUUGGUAAGAAGUCUAAAAAUACCAGAUGAGUUAGUCGAUAUGGUUGUUAAAAGCAAAACCAAACAAAAAAUUGAAAAAAAUGGAGAUGAAUACGUCUUUACAUUACAAUUUAAUGACAGGGCUAAAGUUUUGCAUUUUAAGAGCGGCGUCGAGUUUGAGGAGUCUGUUGGUCCAAAGGGAAUUUCUAAGACUACUUUUACCGUAGAUGGUAAUAAGAUCACUCAAGUCCAAAAAUUCCAAGAUGGUAUUGUAGUUACAUCAGUAGGAGAAUAUUAUCCCGAUAAACUCGAUGUGACAAUGACGACCACUUCCUGGCCCGGCACCGUCAAGCGGUAUUUCGUCGCCGAGUAAAUAAAUAAACAAGGAGAUUUGGUUGAAUUUAUUUGAUUC